AUGAUUCUCAAAGCCAAUGAAGAAUAUUGGGAUUGGCCGCUGCAGGAUGCGACUGAUGGUAUUGUUAAGGUGACGAACAACACGGAGAAAUUUGAUGUUGCCCUUGAAGCCAAGUCAUUCCAGCCAAACGAAAUACAGGUACGGGUAAUCGGCGGACUCCUCGAGAUUCACUUUGAGCAUAUUCAACAGAAGAAUGAUCCAUAUGUUUAUCGGGUUAUCACAAGGUCCUACCGUCUUCCCGACGACAUUGACAUUCGAACCCUAAGAAGCCACCUCUCCAGCAAGGGCAAGCUGCACAUUUCGGCGAAGAAAAUGCCCUACAAA